AUGGAAGUCUUAUCCUGCAUUAUCAAGAAAUAUGUCAUGCAAAAUACAUCUUUUAAGUACCAUUGGAGAUGCAAGGAAUUGGGGAUCACUCACUUUGCGUUUGCUGAUGACCUACUGCUGCUAUGUCAUGGAGACAUUGCCUCAAUCUCCACUCUCAAGUCUGCACUUGACCUCUUAUCGUCCUCCUCUGGUCUAUCUAUCAACCCAUCAAAGAGCUUUGUCUUCUUUUCAGGAGUACCUCUCAUCUCCACUGGUCUUAAGGCUGCGGAUUGCAAUGUAUUGUUAGACAAAAUCACUACUAGAGUCACCUCCAAAAGCCUUUCUUAUGCAGGCAGACUUGUGCUCAUCUCUACCCAGUUGUACUGGUCAAGAAUUUUCAUUAUUCCCAAGAAAGUCAUAGAUGGCAUCAAUGCUCACCUGAGAAGGUUCCUCUGGUCUGGAUCCCGGGUUGCUUGGUCCUUCUUUUGGAAAGCCAAGUUUGAGGGUGGUCUUGGGCUCCCAAACCUUGAGCUGGCCAACAAGGCGGCAAUUUUAAGACACUUAUGGGAUCGAGUUGAAAACUGGGAACAACUAGAGAAUUUGGGUUCAAUGGUGUAG